AUGGCACAUCCAUCACAGCUAGGAUUCCAAGACGCGGCCUCACCUGUUAUAGAAGAACUUCUUCACUUCCACGAUCACGCCUUAAUAAUUGUAUUUUUAAUUAGCACCCUAGUCCUUUACAUUAUUGUGGCUAUGGUAACUGCCAAAGUUACCAAUAAAUAUAUUAUUGAUUCCCAAGAAAUUGAAAUCGUAUGAACCGUACUUCCCGCCGUUAUCCUUACCCUAAUCGCCCUACCGUCCCUACGAAUUUUAUACCUAAUAGACGAAAUUAAUGACCCCCACCUCACAGUUAAAGCCAUGGGCCACCAAUGGUACUGAAGCUACGAAUACACCGACUACGAAAAUCUAGGGUUUGACUCAUACAUGAUCCCAACACAAGAUCUUUCCCCAGGACAGUUCCGACUCCUAGAAACCGAUCAUCGAAUGGUUGUCCCUAUAGAAUCCCCCAUCCGAGUUUUAGUAUCAGCCGAAGAUGUUCUCCACUCCUGGGCUGUUCCUGCACUAGGUGUAAAAAUGGACGGAGUCCCAGGACGACUCAACCAAACAGCAUUCAUCGCCUCCCGCCCCGGAGUAUUCUACGGACAAUGCUCUGAAAUCUGCGGUGCUAACCAUAGCUUUAUGCCAAUUGUAGUAGAAGCAGUCCCUCUAGAACACUUCGAAAACUGAUCAUCACUAAUACUUGAAGACGCCU